CUGUGACUGCCAUCGCACAGACGAGAGAAGGAAGUUCACUGCACAAACGCACGCAAGCUGCUCUUCAUCGGAGCAGCGACCACAGAGGUGGGAAUAUGGAGUAGACCAUUAUGUAGACCUUAACAAGCUGUCCUCUUUCAUCAUGUUUCCCGGAGUUUUCUAUGCAUUGCUGGCGGGUUUCUUGGCGGCCGUAGCGUCGUCGUCGGCCAAGCUGUCCCUCGGAACUGACUACCUGAAGGGAGUGUGCGAGAUGGGGCUUCGGACUUGGGGCGAGCAGCGGAAAUUUCGACAAGCGGACGAAACUACCGCCUGUGACCGGCUCCAUAUCCCUCUGAGGCUGCUGUGCGGUGGGCUGCUUUUCACCUGCAAUGCUGUGAUGUGGACCUUCCUUGCCAAAGCACUCAGGUACUCCUCCUCUUCCACCCGGACCACUGUGACCACCACUGCCUCCAACUUCGUAUCUUCCGCUUUCCUGGGCCAGCUGAUCUUUGGUGAGGCCCAGAUAACACUGUGGUGGGUCGGGAUAUCCCUGACCUUCUCCGGCCUCCUGGUGCUGCAGAGGAUCUCUCCGCAGGAUCGACAACAGAACGUGAUCAAGGAUGAAUGAGGGCGUGUGUCUUGUCUCCGCAAAGCUAUGUUCAGCCUGACUGGCGAUUCUUUGUAUGUUUUCAGUCAUUCAGACUUCCCAUCCCGCCAAAGAAAAAUAACAAUUACUUUUGUGUACACUGAUGAAAAGUUUGGAACACAGGUCAACAGGUAGAGUAAAAAAGUUGAAUGUUGUUCCAAGACGCAUUUAACCUAAAAACACUGUUGCAAAAAAAACUUAAAAAGGUGAAAAAAGAGCUAAAUGGCGUAAUUUAAGGAGAAGAAAAUUUAACUGAACACAAAGCUGAUGGAAGCAACCUUCAGCUUGGGAGACGACCACUCUAUCACCUGAACAUGCCGCCCUCGAUGCCUCUGCUUCUAGGUCUACAUUUUUCCAUUGGGAAUACCAACUGAAAUAAUCUGUUCCCGACUCAAACCGCCACAAAACCCAUAUAAACAGCAGCUGCAGUAUUUUAAGCAACAUUUUCAACAUUCUUAGUUUUCAUAUAAGUGUAAUCAGAAGUUAAUUGCUCUUAGGGAUGUCCUGAUCCAAUAUUGAAAACGAAUAUCAGGCUGAUAUCAGGAAAAAAAGCAUAAAAAAAACCCUGAUUAUAUCGGCCUGCAUCUAAAACGUCCGAUAUUGGCACUCCGAUACAAGCAGUCGAUUCCAGACUCCGCCGCAGCACAUCUAUCCAGCGGCGGCCGGAUAGAGCCCACGUGAUCACAACAACAGGGUGUGCUAACGUGUUAAGCAAGGAGUAGGAGUGACGUCGUUACAGCUGAGUGCAACACUUAUCAUGCACAAGUUUCCCGUGGUGGCACAGAACCGGGGAAGUUUAAUACAAAAGUCAUCGUGCAUUUGAAGCCGCGUUACAUGAGAAACUCCCACGGGAUGACAAAAAGUCAUUAGCUGCAACAGAAAACAUGUCGGUGGGGAGUAAAGUCAGGUUUAAAUGCUUCAUUGAGCACCUCGAACCUCGCUAUAUUAUGCCUAGCUGCCACUACAUUGUGGAUAAAACUAUGCCUCGUAUGGAUAAAGGAAUAAAUGGGUCCGUUUUUCUCAUACUGUUGCUGAUUAUUGUUCUCUGUUUGAAUAAUAUCUCUUGAUCAAGCUUAUUCUAACAUUCCACACUACAUAAUAAAUAAUAAAAGUAUGACUGGUCCGUGCUGAUAUCGGUAUUGGCCGAUAUUCCAGGUUGCAAUAUCAGUAUCAGCUCAGAAGUGAAAUGGUUGUAUUGGGACACCCCUAAUUGCUAUUAAAUAAUAUUUUAAAAAAAUAUAAUUAAAAAUAAAAUUAAAAUAAUAUUAAAAAAAAAAAAAGAAGUCAACAAUUAAUUGAUGAUUAAUCGAUUAUCCAAUUAAUCAACAACUAUUUUGGUAUUCAAGUCAUUGUAUGUAAAUAUAUUCUCAUUUCAGCCUCUCAAAUGUGAUUUUUUGAAAAUUUCCUUAGUCAUCCAUGAAAGCAGACACCUGUUAUCUUUGCGUUUUAGGCAAAACAAGAUAUUCAGACAAAUCAGCUUUGUAAUUUUACAAGAAUAAAGUCACCAUAUUAUGGGGAAAAAAAAUAUUUUGGAAGCGUACAGUUCAGAUAUAAAAGAACGCAACGACGUUAUUUUUUUUUUCAAAAGCCGUAAUAUCGUGAGAAAAAAACUAAACAAGGAAUAAAUGUGCAAUUAGUUUGGGAACAAAUGUAUUACAUUACGAGAAUAAAGUCAAAACAUUUUGGGCUAAAGUCAAAAUAUUGUGACAAAAAAGAUUCACGAGAAAAAAAUCAUUUUUUAAAUGGAAAAAUGUGCAUAAAAGUGUAAAGUAAGGAGAAAAAUAAUAAGCUAUGUCAUCUAUGAUACAAAACUUCCGAUGGAGGCUGUUUUUUUUUCUUUUCUUAGCAUAUCAACAUGGGUUGCUUCACAAAAUGUUGGUUCAUCCUUUUUUGUUUUUUUUAGUAUGUAGCCCUCGCUGAAAAUUUUUUGGCCACCCCUGGUCUAGGGUCUAACCGAUUACUCAAUUAAUCGACCACGAAAAUAAUCGUUACUUGCAGCCCUACUUUAAUUACUUAUUAGCUGAGAAAAAUGACUUAAUUUAAGAAGCGAGCACUAAGGUUUCUUUGUUAUAUAGAUAUUAAGGAACACCGAUAAACUAGGUAGUUUGUGUUAGCUUAGCUAGUUUGACUUUGUUGUUUGUUGCAAUUAGGCAUGGGCAGGUUAGGUUACCGGUUUCAAGGUAUGUCACAGUUUGAAAACCACUUAAAUUGUGCGUCAUACCGUUUCUACGAUAUGAGAUAAAGUGGAGGUCCAGCGCGGCCACUAUGAAAGUACACUGUCACGUCCUGUGUUAUUCCUCGCGGUCGGAACCGAGCUUCAACUUGUUGGAAAGUCGUUAGCUGCCUCGUUAGCAUUGAGCGGCCGCGCUAUUGUCGCCGUUGUUGGGCGACUUAUUACUCACGCCGAGGGUCACCAAAUGUGGAGACGUGAUUCAGAAGGAGACAGGAGUGGAGGAUAAGUGGGAUAAAGCAUUUAUUCUCCACUGAAAAACAAGCGACAACCACUUAACAACGUCUUCGUUGCUAACAACAAUUACACGACCCGGAAACGGAAGCUUGUGGAAAAGUACAACCAGCCAUCAUGAAAUAAUAACGUAACAUUAUUUUUUUUUCUAUUCUAUUUUCUAUAUUUAUUUAUGUUGUGACUUUAAGUCACUUCAGAGCAUUUAUUUGUAUUUUGCAUAGUUUUUUAUUGUUUACUAAGAACAUUUGUAUUGUCUUGUGACUUGAGUUGCAGAUUUAGCCACAGUAGACUGCAUUGAGAACAGCAUUUUAUUUAUUAUUUAUUUAGAAAAAAAACUUAUUUUUUUGUUAUUUACUUUAAAUACAUUUGUUCCACUUUCAUUGUGUUCUAUCAUAUGGUUUAAAAAUGAGUGUUUUGACUUGGCUUUUUUCUCUUUUCAAUAAAGAUAUUUCAAAAUAACACAUUAUAGAGCUGGAAUUAUUAGGGAUGUCCGAUAUUGGCUUUUUGCUGAUAACCGCUAUGCCCAUAUAGUCCAACUCUCAAUUUCCGAUUACGAUAUCAACGGAUACCGAUGUGUGACAUCACAUAUCUCCUGUCGUGGAAGGACUGGACUGGACUUAUUAUCUUAUUAUGUAGUAUUAUUAUUUAUGAUGUAUUAUUGCACUGCACAUUUGACGUGAUCUGUUCCGUAUUUAUUCAUUUCUUUUUAUUCUAUUUUCAGAUUUUUCUUAUCGCUCAUGUCUUGCCUUGGUUGUUUUAUUUUGUGAUUACGUUCAUUAUGACGUUUUUGCAGAACUACUGGAAAUGUGAAUUUCUCUUGGAGAAAGUAUCAGUCUUUACACACCUGUGAAGCUAAUGGAUACAGCAUCAGCAAUUAGCUUCUCGACGUGUCUGUAAACAACAUUGUGCUACUCACGUAAGCAAACAUCUGAGAAAUUCUUGCGAUUGGGUAUGGCAAAGUGUGGCCAAGGAGUCUAGCCCGCCACGUCUGCCGCUAUUUCCGCGUUUUUUGCGUUAUUAGCGGCGUUUUUCCAACCCAUCACGUCCUGCCACCCCGAACACGGUUCAAGUACAAGCAUCCGCUGCGUGUGGACUUUAUGACAAGUGGUUUUGCUGCUGCAGCAGUAAAGUAUUAACUUCACGAGGUAGCAAAUUCAGCAAUGUUUUGUGACUUUGGUGCGUAAAGGGCUAUAUCCGCUUUCAUUAUAGGGAAAAAAAACAUACCGAAAUUGCAUUUUUAUGCCAAUAUCAGGCUGAUAACAUCGGUGCGCCGAUAUGAUCUGACAUCCCUAGUAAUUAUAAUAUGAAUCGUUAUAUUUAUGCCCGAGGUUAUCAUACAGAAUACAGAAUCUCAUACCGACCGACCCAUGCUUAGUUAAAGCUUUGUUGUGUUACAAGUAAUUGUAACACUGCAAACAUAGAAGAUGGAGUUUUUUGUACAAGGUUUCAACAUAAGACCAUGGCACCCACUGGGAUUUGAAGGCAUCUACCAAGUAACCUCAAUUCAAGCCAAAGCAUGUGACAUCGCUCUACCAGUAUCUGUGUUUAAUGUGUCUGUCUGGAAGCACACACUGUAUGCUUUACAAUACUUGACUAAUGUGUUACCCUAUUGAUAUUAGUGAUUUAUAUUUCCUCUAGGGAUGGGGCCGAUCUGAUCCAGUUCCGAUAUCAGCAAACGUAGUAGUCUCCACACAUGCAUCGCAGCCGUCCGCCUCACUCACGCCACACAAAACAGUCGGACAUUUACACAACACACAACUUAUAGAGUCACUUUAGUAUCAUACUUGCCUGCAGAGAGGAGUUUAUCAAAGCCUCAUAAACAACAAUAAUGAUGCACUUAGAAUUUUGCGGCUUCACUCUAUCAUGGCUUUUCAAAAAUAUAUUAAUUAAUAAAUCAUCGCUGUGCAUAUUUAAGCAAAUUUUACAUAUUUUUGCUGAAAUUACUAACAUCCAAAUAUAAGGCAUUCAGAAGAUGCAUUCAAACGUGAAGAUGUGUUGUACUGUACACUGGUCACUAGGUGUAAUGUUACUGUAAUGUUCGAUGAGACGCACAAGCACCAGACUUGAUCGCCGGAACAACAGGCUUUUAUUGCAGGUUUGAAUUAUGUCAUAACAGGCACAGUAAUCCCUAACAUGGUGUGUUGUCGUGGUCAUAGUCCACGCCAAACUGAACUCUAAACCUUCUAUGGGGAGGUGGGGAAGUAUAGGGGUGUUAUUUUAUGUCUAGAGAAUAAUGUUAAAACCUGUAUUCAGAAGGUGGUAAACAAGUUUUCGAGGCUCUAACUGAAACUAUUUUGUGGAAAUUAACUUAUCACAGUCAAGUCUGGAACCAAUUAACCACGAUAAACGAAAGAUUACUGUAGCGACAAAUCUACGGCUUGUUAAUACUCAAAAAAUAUACAAAUGUAGGCCAAUUCGACAUAUUUUUAGCCUAAAUUAAAUUUAGAUUACUGUAAUGUGUGAUGUUAAGACAUCCGAGUAUCUGUGAAGCCGUGAACGUGUCAGGCUGAGCACUUGUGUGUGUGUGCAACGCUGCAUGUGCGUAGACAGCUACGUUCGCUGAUAUUCGUGUAGCGUCAUUUGCUGUUAUUCUGUUGGCGCGGUUGCAUAUUAAAGCAGUGUUUAAUAACAUAAUAAUAAUCACAUGGGUUACUGUUGUGGCGAUAGCCCACAACAAGCUAAAACUCAACUCUGAACCCCCAACGUCACUUCCUGUCCACCACACCAAUUCUGUGCCCCUACAAGGUAAACUGUCUUAAUGGCUUAUUUUCUCUGAUGAUAUAUUUACUGUAUUGGGGAAUAUAAAGGUGACUACAGGGUGUUAUUUCAUGCCUAGAUGGCUCCAAUAAUGUUAGAAAGCAUAUUUAGAAGACUGUAAACAGGUUUUCUAUGCCAUAACUACAAAAAUAUUGUGCUCAUAAAGAAGAAGCAAAUAUCAUCGAUAAACGAAGGAAAACUGUACUGUACUGUACUGGUAUUUUUCUUGCUAAUAAUUGCUGCUGUGUACCAUUUGGAAAUAAAGUAUGCUACAACUACAUGUGAUGCUGAUACAUACCUGUCAAACUCGGCGCCCUCCACUUCUAAUAGUUUGCCGUUUUUUACUUUUACGGGUAAAAAAAACCAACUUUCCGGUUCUUCCGGAGCAGCAGCACAGCUUCCGGCCAACAUCGGUGUCCCACAUCCUGUAGCGGCCUUCAAAAUAAAAGAAGAACCCCAGUAGUGUAGUAUAUACAGUAUAUAAUAAUAGACAGUCGGGUCUUUACGCUACUAUUUUAUUUUCAAAUGCAAAUACUGACAAGUAUGUACUAAUAACUGAUGCUUUUGUAUUUCAAAACGUUUGAUGUCUUAAUAGGAGAAAUCCAUCCAAUGUGAACAUCUUUAUUGUAAUACUCACCGGCCACUUUUUUGCAUUCAGUACAAAUGCAGUAUCAAAUAUUCUGCCCUUAUAAAGAUAAUGGAAUAAUUGAAACUGUCAGACAUGUUUUUCUAAUAUUUUGGUCACUUUAUCAUAAGACGAGCAAAAUCAUCAACAUAAUAAAGAAUAAACAUUGUCUUUUUCAUAGACACAUGGGAGUAUAUUUUAUAUCUAUUUGAAGGCAUGGAUUGAAUCUCAUUAACGGCAGCUGUUGUUCCUCAUGAUAUGUCUGCUAAUGACCUCACAACGAAACGGUAAGAAAAUAAGCCCUAAUUAUACAUUGAUAGGGCAUUUCUAAACGGCUGCAAUGUUCUUUUAGCAGUCCUGCUUCUAGAAUGGCCUCUGUAACUGACAGCAUCACGUAUCCCCACAUGACGGGUUGAAAAAAACAUUAUUUUAUGUAUUUUACAGUUAAAUUAAAUAAACAGCUCAUCUGACAUGUUUAUUUCAUUUUGUCGGUGGGAAGAUGUGUGCGCGUGUGUGAGGGGAGAAAGUGAUAUGGACACCAACAUUGAGCUCGAAAGUCCAUAAUAUUGUCAUAAAAAGCAACUUACCACAUCAAGCUAUUGCAGUUUAGAUUAAAACUGGCCCUUUGUAAUUUAACACAUAAACACACAUUUUCUACUGCUAAAUGUUAUCCAAAUGAAUGAUGACUGCACACCUCUCUCAAGUAAUAUGCAUAAAAAAACGACACAGUCUCUACAUAACUUUAUUUCUCUCGUUUCAACAAAUACAUUAUAAAAGCAAGUCCUACAUGGAGUACUAAAAUAUAUUCAUGACAGACUGAACUGAAUAAAGGAGACAGCUGGUGUUAUUCCUGUAAACUCGAUUGCAGACUGCAAACCCACAAAAUCAUCAUAAAAAAAACAAGGUAUUGCAUUUUUAAACUGUGACUUAGCCGCCCCCUUUAUAUAUAAAGCACUCAAAAUUGGCAACAUGCAAGUUCAAAUAAAAAUGUUCCUUUUUUUUAAAGUUAGAAUGAUCAUCAUUGAAAGAUGGCCUGUAUCACUCAGUUAAAUCACACAGAAACAUCUUUUCAGUCGGAACUCUUCAACAUUUCAUGCUGUAAGGCUUCUUGUUACAUGUGGUUAGGCUUCGGACUUCAACAUAGGACCACGUGUUCGCAUACUGACAUCAUUUGAGUGAUUUCAUGACACUAUCUGAGCUGUUAUUAAACGUGUGCUUUCUCCCGUGCAACAGUAUUUAAAUUACUGUGCAAAAGGCUUGGACCGCAUUGGGCUUUGCUGUUUGAAUGGUGGUAAGCGUCUGAGGUAAAGAUACAGUUACACCAGGGGUGUCCAAACUUUUUCCAGUGAGGGCCACUUUAAUAUUGUGUGAACCAACAGAAGUGAUGUAUAUUUUACGAAAAAAUUGCAUCUCAGCUUUGUGACAUACUGUAAGUGAAAAAGCAAUAUGAUUAGGAUGAACUUCCGUCUUUGCUCUUUUUUUCCCCCAAUUUUUGCUGUAUUUUCCAAAUAUUUCAACUUUCUUCUUAAAUAAUCUUCGUAAAUGCCCUUUUCCUAAUAUUAGGACUUUAUUCCAGUAUUUUGACUUUAUUUCCAUAUUAUAACUUUUUCACCAACCUAAUUUUCCAUAAAUUACUACUUUAUUUUGUUUUGUUUCUCAUAUUAUGUAUUUUUUCAAUAUUUCUCUAUGCUACCAAAAUGACAUAAUUUUUCCUCAAAAUAUAAAGAAUUUAUUCUCGUAAAAUUGCAAAAAUUUUUCUCAUUAAAAUAUGUAAUUGUCUUGUAAAAUUAGAGCAAU